AUGUUCCUUCCCAAAUGCCGGUGGGUUUCGCAGCAGUACUGGGACAAUGCAAAUCAGCUUGCUGUCCUGAUGGUACAGAAGGUGAUGAAUACAGAGGAAAUCAGAGAGGGCGGGAUAGACUUAGAGCCAAACCCAGAAUUCGCCCUGCAGGUAUAUAGCACCCUACCCCUCGAUUCUGACCACACUGCUCUUUGUGGGUAUCUGCGUCGAGAGAUCAGUUCCUCUCCAUCUAUGUCGUUUGAAAUCUAUAGCCCCCAGCCGGAUGUCUUCGCCUGCGUGGAGCAUCAAAGACGAGAAAUUGUCUAUCGAAAGACGAAAUCUCUGGGGGAGGGAUUCUUCCCUGGAAUUGCUAAGGCAGUGCCGAACCUCUUAAACCAGCUUCCUCAGGGGUUUCUUUUUGUGAUCACCUCCCACAGCUACCGCGCUGGUGUUUGUGCCCCUGAAUAUGAAGCUGAAACCGGCCCAUUAUGGGUAAAUUUCAAUAGUAGUUUCCCACUCAAGACAAAAGCAGAUGAGCAUUCACGGCUUCUGUCGGUAUCACCCGCUAUAGGCUAUAUCCCUUCGGCAGUUGAAGAGUCGGAUAUCUCUCCUGAAAGGGAAGAAAUCAUGGUGCGGACCUGCCGACAUAUAUCUUGCCCGUUGCACGACCUGAACGACGUACUCAGGCGGAGCCAUAUUAAUGAUGGGGGUUUUGAUUAUGGUUUCGAUGACGAUGAAGGAGACCCAGACUCGUUAAGUCAACCACCAGCGCCGGAGAUUAUCGAGUCAUGGCAGUUAAAGGCCAAUUCAUACUCUCAUGGUGAUUUCUCUAUGCAAUCACCCGUUGAGGGGGCUAUUCUGAUCACACCAAAACCGGCAAACGUAGAGCCGGACUUGCAGUAUGUUAUAUAUGUUUCUUUUGCUCAUACCAGCUCGCAGCUCCUAUCUAUCGCACAGGCAUUUACUGCAUCCAUUAUUGAAACCCUUCCUCGUGGAAAGACAAUCAAAUUUGAAUUUUAUUCAUCUUCUCAGUCUCUAAGUGCUAUCUUGGCAUCACACCGUGAUGUUAUGAAUGCCCGACCAGAGCUGGCCGUGGGCGCUUAUAAUCACGAAAGCCAAACACGGAUCUUCCCGAAGCAUCGCUAG